AUUAAAAAAAUCAUCACUCUUUUCUCUCUUGGGUUUCUACUGAUUUUUUUACUACUUCAAUAAUGGACCCUAAAAUAAGCUACUUAAUAAUUUUAGUAUUAUUUGGUAUGAUUUUCUCAUCAAGAUGUUAUGGCCAAAAUAUAUACAAUGUGCUUGAUUUUGGAGCCACUGGAAAUGGCACAAAUGAUGAUUCACAAGCUGUGUUAAUGGCUUGGAAAAAGGCAUGUGGAAGCACAUCAGGGACAUCAGUUAUGAAAUUCCAAGCUGGAAUAAAAUACCAUCUUAAACCUAUGUUAUUUGAAGGUCCUUGCCUCCCCAAAAAUAUUAUAAUUCAGAUGGAUGGAUAUGUGGUGGCACCAUCAAAUAUUUCAGAGUGGGAAGGAUAUGAGCGUGGAAGUUGGCUUCAUUUCUUAAACGUUAAUGGUCUCAUUGUUACUGGAAAUGGCAUUUUUGAUGGUUAUGGAGAUAUUUGGUGGAACAUUGCCAAACAUGGAGGUGGUGUCCAAGCACCUGCGGGUUUAGGAUUUCACCAUUGUAACAAUCUUAAAUUAAAUGGAUUUGCUUCUAAGAACAGUCCAAACAAACACAUCACCAUUCAAGGUUGCAUUGGAGUGACUAUCUCUAAUGUUCAUAUAUUAGCACCUAAAACCAGUCCCAACACUGAUGGAAUCAUGAUCUCUUACUCUUCUCAACUUAAUAUACAUGAUUGUUUUAUUGCUACUGGUGAUGACUGUAUUUCUAUUAAGAGUGGCUCCUCUUACAUCAAUAUAACACAUAUAGCAUGUGGACCAGGUCAUGGUAUAAGUGUGGGAAGCUUAGGAGUUGGAACAACCCCUAGCACGGUGGAACAUGUGCAUGUUAAAAAUUGCACAUUUAAGGGAACUUUAAAUGGUGCUCGAAUCAAAACAUGGAAUUCGGGAGUUGGAUAUGCAAGAAACAUCACAUUUGAGCACAUAACACUCCUAAAUUCCGAAAAUCCAAUCAUCAUUGAUCAAGACUAUGCCUACUUGGAGGGUAGUUCGAUCAAAAUAAGUGAUGUAACUUAUAGAGGGUUUGUGGGAACAUCACUAAGUGAGGAGGCAAUCACAUUGGAUUGUGCCAAGUUGGGUUGCAGUGGCAUAGUAAUGGACAGUGUUAAUUUGAUUUCAGCCUUGCCGGGGAAGAAUGUGACGUCGUUUUGUAAAAAUGCAGAUGGAAGACUCAUUUCUACUUACCCUAAUGUUCCUUGUCUAAACAAAGAAUAAUCAUAGUCUUGAAUGAUUUUAAUUACUUAGUUUUUGAUGAUGCUCUUUCAUUUAGUUUCCAAAUAAUAAAGUACUAUUAUCUUAUAUAUAUUAAGUUUUUUAUUUUCAAAUUUUGAUUUAUCAGUUUUGUCCUCUAAGAUUUAAUUUUGUGAAAAAUAAAUUGUUGAACAAUAGUAAUCAAUGAAAAAUAUGCAUAUUCAACU